AAAAUGGAGAGCUUCCAGGAGAUAAUCACCGCGGAGAGGAGGACCAGCUAUAGCUCGAGCUCUUCGGUGCCAGCGAAUCCUUCGGAGGAAUGCGGCUGUGUGCGGUUGGGAAAAUGCAAAUGGUUCAAUGUGGCCAAGGGAUGGGGCUUCCUAACCCCCAACGAUGGCGGCCAGGAGGUGUUUGUGCAUCAGAGUGUCAUCCAAAUGUCGGGCUUUCGUUCGCUGGGCGAGCAGGAGGAGGUGGAGUUCGAGUGCCAUCGCACGCCCCGCGGCCUGGAGGCCACCAGGGUGUCCGGCAGGCAGGGCGAGAGCUGUCACGGCAGCACCUACAGGCCACGCAUCAAUCGCAGGACUCGCCGCAUGCGCUGCUACAAUUGCGGCGAAUUCGCCAACCACAUCGCCUCCGAGUGCUCCUUGGGACCGCAGCCGAAGAGGUGCCAUCGCUGCCGGAGCGAGGACCAUCUCCAUGCCGAUUGCCCGCACCGUCAUGUGACCAGCACCAGCGACGGCAGCAUCAGCACCGGAAGUCAGAGCAAAAGCGAAGCCACCUAGGACACCGUAGGGGAUGUCCUUGGCGGGGUCGGUAGUUGGAAGUUUCAAACUUCUCUUGAAAACAAGUACAAAAAUGGAAAUCUAAAACACGCAUCAAAUCAAAGAAACCCACGUACAACAAAAUUAGCAUUAGAUAUUAAAAAAAAAAAGAGGAUAUCACGCUCCUAACCUAUAAUAAGAUUAUCCUUUAAUUUUUAAAGUAAUUCCUAAGACUUUAGUUCUAAGAAUUUUUCAACAAAGUAAAAAUUGUCAGCUAAAGAGUAUCCAUUAGCCGUCUUCUUCAGUCCUUAUCCUUUCUCCUUAGCUUAAAGCUCUUGAUUGAUAAGAAAGCUCUCGGGAGCAGUCACGUGGCCACUAAAAACAUUGAAGCUUUCGCCAGGACAACAACAAAAUCACCAUGAAAACGCAGAAUCAUUGUAAGCCCAGUCGCGCCUCCUCCAACCCCCAGGACCUGGCCACUGAAAGUGAAACAGAGUGGAGCAGCAACAACAAAAAGAUUAGGCGAGGACAUGGCCAGAAGGAUGGCGUGAGGAGAAAGUCGUGCCUUUUUUUCGGCUCUCUCUCUUGCUUUCUGUGUGUAUGUGUGUGUGUUGGCCCUUUGGCUGUUUUUGUUGUGGUUUUGGAAGGUUUCCGCCAUCAGUUUGCAACAUUGUUCGGGCUCGGGCUAUUCUCUCUCUCCGCAUCUUCGGUCUCUUUAGGCGCGUGUCCUUCGCAAGGAUUCAGUUACGGCUACCCAGAAGGAUGCAACUGCUGCCUUAUGCGGGAACCUAAACUCGGAAUCGGGUUCAGUCUCAGUUGAUCUCUGCCAGAGAAUUGUUGUGUGCAACGCGGCGGAAUUUACAUUUUACAUUUACAAUUAAAA